AUGUCAGGGUCAGUCGUACUUAAGACUUCUAUGUUCCAUAGAAUAAUUGAGGAUUUCAUUAUACAAGGUGGUGAUCCAACUGGAACUGGUCGUGGAGGUUCGUCGAUCUAUGGCAAAUUCUUUGAAGAUGAGAUUCAUCCAGAUUUAAAGCAUACAGGCGCUGGUAUCUUAAGUAUGGCAAAUUCUGGUCCAAGCACAAAUGGCAGUCAGUUUUUCAUAACGUUGGCACCUACACCGUGGUUGGAUGGAAAGCACACUAUUUUUGGAAGGGUGAAUGAAGGUAUGAGAGUUGUCAAGCGCAUGGGACUUGUUAAGUGUGAUUCCAAUGAUAGGUAA